GAAAGGAUGGAAACGAGUUAGCUGAACGACGAGAUUGUUACCGCGCUUGUUCCUUUGUCUCUACGUGUCUUGCGUAACGAUUGUUAAUUACUGUUAAGACUAAUUUUAAAAGCUUCUCAGGUUAGUUUUGCUCUGCUGCCGUCUAACAUACGCGGAAGUUGUCAGCACAUCGCUUAAGCAGAGAUCGAGUGUGAGUGUAAAGUGUUGUGAUUGUGUGAAAAUGUGUAAAGUACAAAUGUUGAGAGCGUUGGUGAAUCAGCGACUAACUGCGGCUGUUGAAGAAAUAUUUGUAGUAAUAGAAGGAACGUUGGCAGAGUACGAGGAGGAACUUUCCCGAACAAAAGAGGAGAACGAGCGACAACGUCAACUACUGGACGCCGUUUUCAAGAAGCCUCAAGUUGAACUACACAGAGCAGAUGUCAGUGAAGAAGAUCUUCCCCCUGAGCAGCAGGAGAGGAGCUCCAGGAUGGAGCAGGAAGAGCCACAGCCCUCCCACAUUAAAGAGGAAGCGAAGGAGUCAAAGCAUCGCCACAUUAAAGAGGAAGAGGAGGGCCACAGCAUCAGUCAGGAGAGAGAGCGUCUUGAAGGACUGGAGGAGUUUCCAGUGAUUAUUGUGCCUGUAAAGAGAGAAGAUGAAGACGAAGGUGAAAGUGAGAAGAGAGAAGUGGAGCCUCCAAGCAGCAGCUCAACUCAACACAUGACAACAGAAGAAGAUGGAGACCACUGUGGAGGAUCACAAGCAGACAACCUCUUAGCUCCACUAUCAGAUAGUGACGACACAAUGUCACACUCUCAUGACACUGAUGAUGAAGACCCUAAAGUUGAUAUGACAUGUCACACUGACAACACACGCUUUAAAUGCUCUCACUGUGACAAAACUUUUAGCGACAAAAGGAAUCUGAGUAGACAUGCGAAGUAUCACACAGGAGAGAAACCAUUUAUGUGCCCAGUUUGUGGUAAAAGAUUCUUCAUAAAAUCACAUAUGAUGAGCCACGCAAGAACACACACUGGAGAAAAACCUUUCACCUGCUCAGUUUGCGGUAAAGGAUUCUUUCAGAAGUCACAUUUGAAUGAACACACAAGAGUGCACACUGGCGAGAAACCUUUUGCCUGCUCGGUUUGCCGUCAAACAUUUUCUCAAAAGUCGUCAUUGAAAAUACACAUGAGAACACACACUGGGGAGAAACCUUUUGCCUGCUCAGUAUGUGGUAAAAGGUUCAUGGAUCGGUCAAAUUGGUUGAGACACGCGCGAACGCACUCAGAAGAAAAACCGUAUUCCUGCUCAGUCUGUAAUAGAAGAUUCUCUCAAAAUGAAUAUUUAAUAGCGCACAAAAGAACACACACUGGAGAGAAACCGUUCCCCUGCUCGGUUUGCCAUGCCUACUUUCGUGCUCGUUCAACAUUGAGCAUUCAUAUGAAAACACACACCGGCGGCACUGUUUAGCGUAAUUUUUAUAUUGAUCUGAGGCGACAUUCUGUGUUCACCCUGUUGUGUAAAGUUUGUGUUGCAUGCAUUCAACGACACAUACUUGUGGUGAUUUGCAACUGGGGGUGUUUGUAUUAUGCUAUAUGAUAUGUUGUGAUUUAUAAACAAGCUUCUAGUCCUUGCAUAGUUUUUUCUUUUAAAUAUGUAAACUCAUAACAUGCAAUGCACUAUGACGUGUAUUGCAAAUGAAUAAAGUCCUGCCA